AGAUACAGAACAUAAGUCCAAAAUCGCGCCAGGGUUAAGAAUUGGAGCUUGGGUCUUUAUAUAAGGAGUUCACAGGCUAAUACAUCAUUGGCCCGGUCUAAAAUACACGGCUACCUAAGAGGCGUGGUUUAUACCGUCGAUUCAAAAGUUCUCGCAAAUCAACGUUCUGGAUUUAGAGCAAUUACGUGAGACGUUACCCUUCUCAGUAUAAAACCCUAAGUAAGCAAUUCAAAUAGGAGACGAAGGCUCCAAGUGUUGAGGGAAUUGAAUCUUUACACUGAUUGUGAAUUGGGUGUAAAGUUUUAGUUGGAUUAUGACAAAGAAGGGCAGAGUUCCUUGUGCUUAUUCUGGUGGAUUUUUUUCCACCAUUGAAUCAACCGGAGCAGGUAGUUCUGGGUUGACAGGGCAGGGUAGCAUGAAAUGGAUGAAGCUGCGCUCUGCAUUACCGGUGCAAGUUGUCCCUUUAUACAAGAUUUCAUUUGCUGAGAAGAAGAAAUGGUUACUUCAGUUGACAAUGGAGCUUGACAAGGUUAGGGCGCUUCAUAAGAGACUUGACCUUCAUAGUGCUCAAGCUGUUACAAUUUCAUCUUCAAGAAUGCAACCUCGAGGUGCAAAGAAGAAGGGGACUUUCAGUCCGGUUCUUAGGAAACAGUGUGAGAACUUGUUGAAGAAGCUGAUGUUGCAUCGGUAUGGUUGGGUGUUCAAUAAGCCUGUUGAUAUUAUUGAAUUCAACGUUCCAGAUUACUACGAUGUGAUCAAGAAUCCCAUGGAUUUUGGAACUAUAAAAGAAAAACUUGGAUCAGACAAAUAUUCAAGCCCAAUGGACUUCCUUGCUGAUGUAAGUCUUACUUUCACCAAUGCCAUGACAUAUAACCCUCCAGGCAAUCAUGCCCAUGUCAAGGCAGUUGCCCUCAGUAAAUUUUUUGAGCAAAGGUGGAAACCCAUUGAAAAGAAAAUCCCUGUGAAUGACUCCCAACAAGACAAAUUUAUUGAAGAGAUGGAUUUAGCCAAGGUGAUGCCUCCAUCUAAAAAGAGCAUGAUUACCAUGGCCAUGACUGUUGAAGAGAAACAUAAUCUCAGUAGGGAUCUGGAAGUUCAUCUGGAAAAUCUGCCAGAUCAGAUCCUUGAUUUUCUAAAGGAACAUGCUUCAAAUGGAAAUGAAAGUGGAAAGGAUGAAAUUGAAGUUGAUAUUGAUGAUCUUGACUAUGAUUCCUUGUUAAAAUUACGCAAGAUGUUGGAUGAGCAUGUGCAAGAUAAAGGAAAUUAUACAGAAGUGGAAACUUCUGCUAUUUCAAUAGGGGCAUAGCAACUUAACGUUGCAAUCAUAUAAAGGUUGUUAAAGUUACUAUCUUUCUGAUACACAUUUGGGAUCAUGUGAAAUUAUAAUAGAUCUCCUUGCCAUGGUGUUUGCCUUCA